UUAAAGACCAGGGCCUUUGAAGGAUAAUCGUGUAAAUGACCCGCAAAUCUUUCCACCCCCAACCCAAAGGCCUAAACCUCCGGUAUUUGUUCAAUCGCCAAAGAAGAAGAAGAGUUGAAUCAUACAAUUGUCAAAAGCAGCAGUUAUCAAGACCGAUCUGAUCAACCAUGAGUUUCCUCUUCGGCAAGAGAAAAACUCCUGCAGAGCUCCUGCGUGAAAACAAGCGAAUGCUUGAUAAAUCCAUCAGGGACAUAGAGAGGGAGAGACAGGGAUUACAGACACAAGAGAAGAAACUUAUUGCAGAAAUAAAGAAAAGUGCAAAGCAAGGGCAGAUGGGUGCUGUAAAGGUGAUGGCAAAAGAUCUUAUAAGGACAAGGCAUCAGAUUGAAAAAUUUUACAAGCUUAAGUCCCAACUUCAAGGCGUCUCCCUCAGAAUUCAGACUCUGAAAUCCACACAAGCCAUGGGGGAAGCAAUGAAAGGUGUCACAAAGGCAAUGGGACAGAUGAACAGGCAGAUGAAUUUACCAGCACUGCAGAAGAUAAUGCAAGAAUUUGAGAGGCAAAAUGAGAAGAUGGAAAUGGUGAGUGAGGUAAUGGGUGAUGCAAUUGAUGAUGCUUUGGAAGGAGAUGAGGAAGAAGAAGAAACAGAAGAGUUAGUGAACCAGGUCCUUGAUGAGAUUGGAAUUGAUAUGAAUUCUGAGCUUGUAAAUGCUCCUUCUUCCGCUGUGGCUGCUCCAGCGGCAAAGAACAAGGUUGCGCAAGCUGAGGCAACUGGAAAUGAUGACGGUGGGAUAGACAGUGACCUUCAGGCAAGGUUAGACAAUUUGAGGAAGAUGUAAAUUGUUGUAUAAUGAAUAGGGAACAUUUUUAUGGCCUUGCGACAUUUUGAAAAUUCUGGAACUUUUUUUUUCAUGUAUAGUUUGACAUUGAAACACACGCUACACCUAAUGCUCAUGUUUAUUCUUGUA